AUGGACCCUGUUCUCCAAUUCCCGUCAGCAAUAAUAUCUACCCUCCUUGCCCUGCUACUCUUAUGUGUUUUUGUUUAUCAAAAAAAGAAACCCACUCCUCAUAAGAAAACGACCUGUAGCAUACCUCAAGCAGGAGGUGCUUGGCCUUUCAUAGGCCACCUGCACCUCUUAGGGGACCAACAACUAACCCACAAGACACUUGGUGCCAUGGCUGACAAAUAUGGUCCUGUUUUUACUAUAAACCUGGGUUCACAUAAAGUUGUAGUUUUGAGCUGUUGGGAAAUGGCCAAAGAGUGUUUUACUGUCCACGACAAGAUUUUCUCCACCAGACCAACCAUACUUGCUUCAAGAGUACUAGGAUACGAGAAUGCUAUGUUUGGGUUUGCCCCUUACGGGCCUUUCUGGCGUGAAAUGCGCAAGAUAACUACAAUUGAGCUUCUGUCAACCCAUCGGCUUGAUAUGCUCAAGCAAAAACGUUCUUCGCAGGUCGAGGCUGCAAUCAGAGAAUUGUUCGAGUUAUGUGUUGGGAAAGGUUGUGCAGAAACAGGGGUUUUGGUUGAGAUGAAACAUUGGUUUGGGGAUUUGAUGCUCAAUGUAUUUUUGAGGAUGGUGGCAGGGAAGCAAUGCUGUGUAGGUGGAGCUGAUUGUGAAGAAGGUGAGGUGCAGAGCUUUGAGAAUUUGAUGGGGGAUGUAUCUUUUUUGUUUGGGGUAUUCGUGCUGUCUGAUACGAUGCCGUUUCUUGGGUGGUUGGAUGUCAAUGGAUAUAAAAAGGGCCAAAAGGCAAUGAAAAGAACUGCAAAGAAAUUGGAUUCUAUGAUUGGAAGGUUGCUGGAGGAGCAUAAGGAGAAUAGAUUGUUGGGUGGGGAGGGAAAGGAAGAUCAGGAUUUCAUGGAUGUGAUGCUGACCAUCCUAGGAGAUGCCAAGAUCUCUGGUUUUGACGCAGAUACCAUUAACAAGGCCACUUGCCUGAAUUUAAUCAUAGCGGGAAGUGAUGCGACCAUGGUUCUUCUAACGUGGACUCUAUCUCUACUACUCAACAAUCAACACGUGUUGAGAAAGGCCCAAGACGAGUUAAACAUUCAUGUUGGCAAAGACAGACAUCCGGAUGAAUCGGACAUUAAGAAUCUGGUCUAUCUCCAGGCCAUUGUCAAGGAAACAUUGCGCCUAUACCCACCUGCCCCAAUCAUUAGCCUUCGUGCCGCAAUGGAAGACUGCACCCUCUCACCCGGAUAUCACGUUCCCGCCGGCACGCGUUUAAUGGUGAAUGCCUGGAAAAUCCACCGGAAUAAACACCUGUGGCCUGACCCUCUCAAGUUCCAGCCGGAGAGAUUUCUGACCAGCCACAAGGACAUUGACGUGAGAGGUCACAACUUCGAGCUCAUCCCUUUUGGCUCAGGAAGGCGAUCGUGCCCUGGAGUCUCACUAGCUCUUCAACUGGUGCAUUUGACUUUGGCUAGCUUGUUGCAUGCUUUUGAUGUUACCAAGCCAUCGAAUGAUGACGUGGACAUGACGGAGAGCCCUGGCUUAGCAAAUCUGAAAGCAACCCCCCUGGAAGUUAUCCUUACUCCACGUCUCAACUCUCGACUAUAUUCGCAGUAA